AAACUUUUGUAGUGAUACUUGGCACUUGGUUUUAUAAUCUACAUUAUGUUUGUGUGUGUGCUUUUAGUGGUAGUAAUACUUUUGUUGUUGAGCAGUGUGCGGCGGAGGCGGGAUAUGUUGAAACUUUACGAGCAGAUCGGUUCGGGAAUCAAAACCUUGCCUAUCAUUGGCCACAGUUAUUUGUUUCUUGGAGGAGAUGAAAAUAGAAUGAGAGCAUUUCAAAUACUGGGACGCGAUGCCUUCAACAGAGAUGGUAUGACCAGCGUCUGGCAUGCUAACCGUUUUUUCACUGUUGUAGCAGAUCCAAUAAUUGCAGACGUGAUUUUAAAAAGUUGUCUUGAAAAAGACGAUAUCAUGAAACUGGCACAACUGCUCACUGACAACGGAAGCAUUUUUGCGGCAGUUUCCAUUUGGCGUCCACGUCGAAAGAUCCUGGCUUCUCACUUUAAUACCAAGAUUUUGAAUGACUUCGUCUCUGUAUUUUCAAAACAGAGUGAGAUCUUGAUUACAAAAUUGAAAGAAACCCUUGAUCGUGGAUCAUUCUCCGUUUGGAAUUACUUUACGACUUACACCAUGGAUGCUGUGUGUGAGACCUCGUUAGGAGUGCAAGUAAAGUCUCAGCACAACCCAGACCAGCCAUUUCUGAAAGCAUUCGAAGAAUGUUGUGACCUGGGUUCGGCCAGAAUGGUCCAACCCUGGCUCCACAGCAUGACAGUGUAUAGACAUUUACCACAGUACAAAAGAUACAUGAAAAACAAAUACUUUAUAUGUGAUUUUAUUAAAAAGAUUGUACAGUCAAAACGAAAGGAUAACGAAUUACAUCAAAUUAGCGAUAUGAAUGGUGACCAAUAUACAGGAUCUGACGGCGUCAAAUCACUGCUAGAAUUGCUAAUAAAAAACAGUAAUUUUACUGACAAAGAGCUACAGGAGGAAUCGGUGAUUAUGGUGCUAGCGGGUACCGAUACGACGGCAGUAGCCGCCUCCUUCACAGCUUUGAUGCUGUCCCAACACCUUGAUGUCCAGGACAAGGUUUAUGAAGAAUUACGCGAAGUAUUUGGGGAUUCGAACAGAGCAGUCGAACCAGAUGACCUGUCGCAACUCAAAUAUUUAGACGCAGUUGUGCGCGAGUCAUUGCGACUCUAUCCGCCAGUUCCUGUCAUAACAAGAAAAGUUGAAAGAGAUGUGGCGCUACCUGGUGGUGUUACUUUGAUUCCUGGCUGUGGAGUGGUGGUGAAUAUCUGGGCGAUACACAGGAACCCACAUUACUGGGGGGAUGAUGCUGAAGAGUUUCGACCAGAACGAUUUCUAGAUUCUGCAUUGAAGCAUCCAGCUGCAUUUAUGCCAUUCAGUUAUGGACCUAGGGGUUGUUUAGGUUAUCGUUAUGCAAUGAUGGCCCUAAAGUCAGCCCUAGCGUCUCUCCUACGUCAAUAUCGCCUGAUGCCUGACAAUGAAUCCUACGCAACUGUCAAGCGCGAACCUCUACGACUCAAAUUUGACAUAAUGAUGAAAGACGUGAACAAUUUUAGACUGAGAAUAGAAUCUAGGAAUUAAUUUUAUUGUUGUGGUUAUUGUUACAUUUAUUGAUAAAAAUGUU